AUGCUCAACACUAUACCUUAAGAGAAUUACAAUCCUGUAAACAUUAAAAAAGAAUUAUUUGCAGCACCUUCUAAGAAGUCAUUUUUAACAUUAGCUCUUGAAUAACCAACAUUAGAAUCAUAAAAGAAAAUUGAGGAACUUGUUCAAUGGGAUGCUGCCUUUAAUGCUGUAAAUCAAUAAUAUCAAUAGAAAUUCAGAAGAAAAAUUAGAAAUAAAGUGUAGCCAAGCCUAGAUUAAUUAGAGGCUACACCAAAGAUAUGCAUAAGUGGUUUGAAAAUGGAUCAUUCUCUUAUUAAGAAUAGUCUUUAAAGAUAUUAAGAGAAAAAACACGAGAAUGAAACUCUCAAAAACAAAAGCGCAUUUGGUUCUUAUAAACAGUCAACAGAUUUCAAAGAUAUAUUUUUAACCAGAUAUCCAAUGAAUAAUAAUUAAUUCUACUGA